AAUAGUAGUAACAUAAAAUACAGUGUAACGAGUUUAAUCCGUUCCAAAAUUUCCGGAUUUUUACUCAUAUAGUGAAACAUAUUCAAAAAUACACAUAAUAUGUGUACACAAUUUUAAAAAUGAUGUAGCAGGCGCGCAACAUUUGUGCGCCUACGUAAAAUUGUUAAUCAUUUUUCAGAUACUAGCGAAUUUGCAAUGGAUCUAUCUAUUGUGCGAUCCAUGGAUUGAAAUUCAUGAGAAUGCGCAAGCGCGUAUUGCUUUAUUUACUUUUGGGAGCGGUGAUGGCGUUGACUAUUUUUGACGCCAAUGUUUCAAAAACAACUGUGAUCUGUGGUACAGUGUUCUAUUUUUGUAUUUUUGCAAAUAUCCUACUUUGAAACACGAUAUCUCAAUGUGAUAAAUCAUUUAGCAGUUAUCCCCUGGGGACCAAAGACGCUGUGUGGUGGCGUGCUCUCGCAUUUGAAAAUCGAGUGGCGCCAUCUUCAGUGGUCUCUAUGGAACCUUAAUUCAAACGAGUAAAAUAUUCACGGAUUCACUUCUACGCAUGCGCACUUCAUGAACUCAAACAACAGGUUAUGCAUUUAUUACAUUGAGAUAUCGUGAAUCAAACUGGGAUAACUGCUAAAUGAUUUAUCACAUUCAGAUAUCGUCUUUCAAACUAGGAUAAUUGCAAAAAUACAAAAAUUGAACACUGUACCACAGAUCACAAACGUUUCUGAAACAAUGGCGUCGAAAAUAGUCAUCGCUGGUCAUCGCCGUUCUCUAAAAUAAACAAAUAUUUACGCGCCACGCUUGCGCAUUCACUCCACUUAUAAUCACGGAUCGGAGGACAGACUCGCUUCUAAUUUGCAAAAGUUCGUCUCACUCAGCUUAUGCACUACAGACAGACCAGAUGAAGUAAACAGUGACCUGCUCAAUAUUUACUAUACGACCAUGGGUUUGAUUAUACCCAAACAACUGAGAAGGAAAUUUCACAUUAACUCAUUGGAAAAUAUAAAUAAAGAGAUGAAAUCAAUUGAAGAUUCGUUAAGGACCAGGCGAAAUAUGCCAAAGAAAAUAAUGAGAUAUUACGCCCAAAGUACUUUUUCCAUCUCUGUCAUUUCAUCUUUGAUAUAUCCUAUUCUAUAUCCAUUUAAUGCCAAAAUUUUCUUAUCAUUUGUAGUGUUUGCAGUAUUAUAUUUCCCACUUAGUACAAUAGUAUCUAAGUGCAACAAACAAGCAAUUACAAAAAGAAAAGUAAAAUUGUCGAAAUUACAAAUGAAAAAGGAGGAAAUAGUGAAUAAAAUUAUGCAUACGGAAACGUACGACGAUGCACAACUUUUAUUGGAAGAGAAUGCACCAGAAAUGUUCCGUAAUAAUACUUAUUCAUCUAGAGAGAAGGUGCCUAUGAUUCCACAUAGCUGCACAAUUUUGAAUAUAGCCGAUUAAGUUAAUAUUUCAUGUUCUGGUGAUUUGCUCAUAAAUUUAAGAUGUGACCAAAUUUUAAGACUCCAAAGGGGGAAAUUUUUGUGGUAAUUGGAAGAAGCUGGCUGCCUUAACUAUUUGGACGGAAGAGGAAAUCCGAAGAACACAGACAGGGACUGGCUUAUUGACGCGUAAUGCGGAAGCCAAAUGAAGAUGGGGAAGGAAGAAGAAGAAGAUUCGAGUAUUAGACUACAAACAUAAAUAAUGCACGAACUUAAACUUCAGAGUUAUUUGUGUUGCCUACCAAGCACUAUACAAAAUGCAUAAGAUUUUUUUUGUAUAUAUUUUAAAAAUUCACAACCUGCCAACAUUCUUAGCAAUAAGUAGAAUAUUUUUUGGCCACAGACAGAAAAACAAAAUAACAAGCGUGGAGCUGAACGAUUUCCCAUCGGAAAUCUUCCUAAUUGCAUAAGAUUUAGUAACUUUGAUAAGUUAUUUAAUGAUCUACAAUUAACUAAACAACAAAGAGAAAUCAAGUCUUUUUACAGAUGACUAUUAAUUAUUUCCAUUGGAGACAUAUGGUAGUAGCAAAGUUGAAAACAAAUCAACUAAAUGCGUUGAAUUUAUGAUUCUAGACAUGGAAUGAACUAAAUUGCAAUUAUCCAUUGAACACACGUGUUUGUUUUCAUGCCUUCCUCCACACUCGCCGUUUCAAUUUAUUCCCCUGCAAUUUCCUAGCAGACCAACUAUUAUUACUGUAUUUUACCAUUUUGA